AUGACAUACUCAAACGAUACAUUUGUGACACCCGAGGGUGGCGCCUGGGUGUUCAAAAUUGGAUUUCUCGUUACCACCGCCAUUCAUUUCGGUCUGGCAAUAUACACAAAAACAUGGUUUGAGUGCUGGUAUAUAAUAGGAGGAAUACUUGAAGCUGUUGGGUACUUUUGCAUAAACACAGAUGAGGGUGGACAGAGUCUGGAAAUUUACUUGGCUCCUAUUUUCAUGGCAGCUACUGUUUAUAUGUGCUUUGGCCGGGUCAUAUCAUCUUUGGAAGCAAACAAACUUGCUCUCAUUUCAGGCAGAAAACUAACUGCUCUCUUCGUUAUCGGCGACAUUUUAUGUUUCUUCACACAAUGCGCUGGAAUAGUGCUUCAAUACGACUUCAACAACCUUGAAACCAUUGGCAAAAUAAUUGCAAUCAUCAGCUUUACCUUGCAACUGGUUCUCUUCACAUUCUUUCUUGCAAAUGCCAUUGUUGUUCAUCGCCGACUUAUCCUCACACAACAUCCCAGAACACUGAAUGCUAAAAUCCAAUGGCCAACAUAUUUCAAAGCAAACUACGUUGUCAUCUUUCUAUUUUUCGUGAGGAUCAUCUUCAGAGUGAUAGAAUAUGCACAAGGUCUUGGCUAUAUUUUUUUCCACACAAUUUUUAUCUACUGUUUUGAUGCCACGCCCCUAUUUGCUGCUUCAUUGGUUCUGAUAGCGGUUUAUCCACCGUUAGCAAUUGUGCGCAAAGAACCAGAACCCGAAGAGCUUACUGCAAGUUCUGAGGAGCCGGACACAGAGUCCAAAGUCGCUUGA